CGGAAAGACAGUCAAUCCAACCGGUUUACAGCUAAUCACGACGAUGGAGAGCUCAGCUUCAUCAAUCCACUCGCAGCACACCCUUACGGGGCCUUCUCCCUCAUCUAAACCUUCGCCGCAUUCCUCGACAGCACCCCUACCACCCGCAGAAGUUCCACAUUACAAGCUCGUUCUUUCUCAAUCCCUUGUCACCGAUGAAGUGCUUCAUCACACCUACCCAGGCUCUGGGACUUCAGAAGACCCGUAUCGAAUCGAGUUCAUCCCACACGACCCACGUAACCCAAAAACAUGGAAGAAGUGGAAGAAGUGGACUAUCACUAUGACGUGCGCUAUUGCAACAUUGGCUGUGGCGUUCGUCUCGAGUGCAUUCACGGGAGGUAUUGCGCAGAUGAUGGAGGCUUUUGGAGUGGGAACGGAGAUCAUCACGUUGGGCGUUUCGUUGUUUGUGCUUGGAUUUGCGAUUGGGCCAUUACUCUGGGCUCCGUUGAGUGAACUUUAUGGGCGGCAAGUUCUGUUCUUUGCGACGUACGCCGGGCUGACGGCGUUCAAUGCCGGUGCUGCUGGAUCGCAAAAUAUCCAGACUCUGGUCAUUCUCCGGUUCUUUGCUGGCGCGAUUGGUUCAAGUCCUCUCACCAACGCCGGUGGUGUCAUCGCUGACAUGUUCGACGCGAACGAACGUGGUCUCGCCAUGGCUAUUUUCUCCGCUGCUCCUUUCCUCGGACCCACCAUGGGCCCCAUCGUCGGUGGUUUUCUUGGUGAGACCGAGGGGUGGCGUUGGGUCGAAGGUCUUAUGGCCAUCUUCACCGGCGUUGUCUGGAUAGUCGGAUCACUCGUCAUUCCUGAGACUUAUGCUCCCGUUCUCCUUCGUCGCCGCGCCGCCAAGCUGAGCGAGAUGACUGGUCAAGUGUAUCUCAGCCAGUUAGACUACGAUAGAGGAAAGCAGUCGUUCAGCCAGACGAUGCUAACAGCGUUGAGCAGGCCGUGGAUCUUGUUGAUUAGGGAGCCGAUCGUCUUCCUACUUUCGUUGUACAUGGCUAUCAUCUACGGAACACUGUACAUGUGUUUCGGCGCGUUCCCAAUCGUGUACCAAGAAAACCGUGGUUGGUCGGAAGGUGUCGGUGCGCUUCCCUUCAUCAGUGUCGCCAUCGGCAUGAUGUUCGGUGUCCUCUAUGUCAUUCUCUACGAGAACAAACGCUACGUCCGUGCUGCCAAGAAGGCUGGUGGACGUGCACCUCCAGAACAACGUCUCCACGCUGCCAUGAUCUCCUGUGCCGCCCUCCCCAUCGGUCUCUUCUGGUUCGCAUGGACAAAUUCUCCCUCCGUCCACUGGUCCGUCUCCGUCAUCGCCACCGCACCCUUCGGCUUCGGCAUGGUCCUCGUCUUCCUUUCCAUCAUGAACUACCUCAUCGACGCCUACGUCAUCUACGCCGCCUCCGUCCUCGCUGCCAAUUCCGUCCUGCGUUCCCUCUUCGGUGCAGCCUUCCCACUGUUCACGACGUACAUGUUCGAGAACUUGGGGAUCCAUUGGGCGAGCACGAUCCCGGCGUUUCUGGCGCUGGCGUGUGUGCCGUUCCCUUUCUUGUUCUUCAAGUUUGGCCCGCAGAUCAGGAAGAGGUGCAAGUAUGCGGCGGAGGCGGAGAGGUUCCUGAGAGAUAUUCAGGCGGAGAAGGAUCCGAAGGAAAUCGCUGAGGAGGAAGAGGCAGAAAGAGAAGCGGAUAGGGAGACAUUGAAUGGGAAGAACAAUGUGGAGAGGGAUUUGGAGAAGGGUAGUCCGAAGGGGGUUUAGACGCGGUGGGUGUCGAUCUCGACGAACUUCUGUCGAUGAUCAUGACGGUCGGUUUCUAUUUGAUCUUGUCUGUUUGUUCGUCCGCUUUGGGUCCGCGUUUGGCGCAUUUCACUACUUCACGCUCUCCACUUCACGCUUUCCAUUUCACGCUCUUCAUUUCAUCCUGAGAAGACCUUCUUAGUUCGCUUCGCACAUCUCUAUGUCUCGUUCAUGCAUCACAUCUCUACUCUCUCCUACUCCUACAUUCUUCUCUCUCCCUCUCACGUCUCUUCUCCCGCUCUCAAAACACAUCCUAGAUUAUGCUCACUAGCAAAUAUCAGUGAGUAUAAUGUAACAUUCUCCUUAUAUCCUAAUCCACUUACAUACAUAGUACAGCAACCACAGCACGCACGUACUCACACUUACAGACUUGUUGUUUCUGUACCACAUUUCGCACACUGAUCUCCCAUUGACUUAUAUCGUUUAUAAGUAUGUAGAUAUGUUCAGCAGUAGUAUUUUGAUGACGAAACGAAUACAAUGCUCUCAAAC